AUGAGCGCUGGAGGUGGAGUAGGAGCCGGAGCAGGAGGAGUACCGCAGAAACAGAUCCGCUUCGUGAAUAAUGAGGGACAACCACCUGCGAAGAGGCGGAGGGUUAAUGCUGCAUGUCGGACCUGCAGGAAACGGAAAACGAGAUGCGAUGGGAAACGACCACUCUGUUCGACAUGUACGGAUAAUGGCCAUGAAUGUAUGGGGUAUGCAGAGGGAUCUGAUGGAGUUACAAACUCGACAAGGAAGGAGGUCAAAACCCCAGAUGGUGGGGAAGGAGAUGAGGGGGACUAUUCAAAUUCACAUCCGCGGAGGCCUGGAAUGUUGAAAGAGAACUCGAGGGAUGCGGUUCCGCAACAAUUUCAACAAAGAGCGAAUACCACUGCUGCACGGACAAGAGUCGAGGUUGAUCAGUCAUAUAUGCACGAUGCGUCUCGACGGUUGGGAAGUGAGGAUAUGGGGAAUAAUCGACCUGGAAAUCGAAGGGUUGAUUAUAGAGAUGCAGUUCUAUUUCCGGACGAGAGUCCCAAUCCUUUCGAAAGAGAUCAACCACUUCUCAGUGAAACAACCAUCAGUGAGAGCCAUCGAGUGCCAUAUUUCAGAUAUUUUGGUCCAACAGCGAUUGUACCCGGGUUCAAACAGAUGGUAGUUUCUGUUCGAGAACAUAGAAGGAGUAUGGGUGCUCCAUCGUCUUCUUCUCUCACAAUGUCGCCUAUAUCCGCGAAACACUCUAGUGGGGGUUCUGUGAAUGGAACGCCAUCUCAAGCGGGGACUGAACCAAGGUCUGCAAUCGAUAUGCCACUCUAUGAUCCUAAUGAUCCAUUACCAGUCAAUAGACUUAUCAUUCAUCUCGUGGAGGUCUUUUUUGCUCAUUUGGGUUGUAAUUACCCUUUUCUAUCGAAACGUCAGGAAAAUUUUAAACGUCUAGUGGAAGAAAAGAAAAUCGAACCUAUUCUUGUAGAUGCAGUUUGUGCAUUAGCGGCUCGAUUUUCGGAUCACCCUCUUCUUACCACUUCACAUGAUUCACCACAACCGAAAUCAGAAUAUGGACAAGUCUUUGCUCAGCGAGCUAAAGCGGCUGUUGUGGAUACAUUUCCUUGUCCCACAGUUGGAGCUGUACAGGCUUGUUUAUUACUUGCUUAUGAGGGAUUUGGUGCGAAUCAAGAUAGUGCCUUAUGGAUGUAUCUUGGAUGUGCUAUACGGAUGGCUGUGGAUCUUGGGCUUCAAAAGUUGGAUGGUGUUAAACAUCAAGGGCAGAAGGAUCCAGGAUAUCAUAGGUCGGCAAAUGAAGGAGAAUCAGAUGAACCGGAUGCGACUAUUACGGCGGAAGAGAAAAGUGCAAUUGAAGAGGAAAGAAUCGAUACACUCUGGGCAGUCCUUAUGCUUGAUCGAGUUAUUUCUUCUGGAACUGGUAGACCAGUGAGUCUCAAAGAUGAAGAUCUCGAAUUGACACUUCCGUCCGUAUCCAAUAAUACAGAAGAAGCAUGGCCAGAUCCUUUCCCUGCACUUAUCAGAAUCAUACAUUUAUAUGGUCUAGUUUCAGAUUUGUUGAAUAGAAUAAGAGGUGCAGACGAUAUCACGCCCGGGUUGAUAAAACAACUGAAGGGUAUGGAAAAGGAUUUGACUGUGUUGUAUCAGAGUUUGGAUGGGAGAUUAGAAUUUUCAGCGACCAACUUUCAACAUUAUGUCAAGAGUGGGGAGGGAACAAAUUUUAUACUUGUUCAUUUUUGGUUUCAUACCUUGAUCAUGUUACUUCACCAACCUACUUUAAUGCAAUCUCUCGAAGGUCAAGUUCUACAAUUACUUCCUCAUAGUCGAGAACUCAGCAUGUCAUCUGCUAAAACUAUUGCGGACAUCUUGGCUUUUGCUGAACUUAUUGAUCCGAGAUCAUUUAUUGGAAACCCAUUCACAUGUCAGCCGAUAUACAUUGCUGGGUGUGCUUUUCUUAAAGAGAUUGCGUUACAUACUUCUCAACCAUCUUCUAGAAACCCCAGUCCUCGUCAAAGCCCUCCAUCGGAUACUGUGAAACCAGGUGGAAAUCACAAUAAUCAAGGGAAUCAGAAACAAAAACAUUCAUUGCUUGCAGCAGCAGCGAAUCAAAACUAUCAACGAUGUCACAAAGCUUUACAACAUAUAGAAUCUUAUUGGGCUGGAACACGAUAUAUUCGAGUAGCUAUGGAACAGAAACAAAGUGGAAUAGAUCCACAGGAAGUCGAAACAUAUACAGCGGAAGAAUAUACCGAAGCUACUAAAUCAAGACAUGAAAUUAUACCUAGUUGGAGACGAAAAUUCUCUGCAAAUUCUCCUGGUAGAUUUCCGGAAUUUGUACGUUCACCAAUGUUGGAAGCACUUCCUGGAUCGCCGGCAAUAGAUUUGGCUCAAGCUAUUGGUUGGUCUUUGACUGGAACUACUAAUUCUCCAAGUUCCAAUUUGACAUUCAUGUAUCAAAAUCAAAGUGCGGCGGAUCAUUUAGAGAUGAGAGCUCAGAAAGAAUAUGGACAAGGAAAUAUGAUUUAUGAUCCUAUUAGACAAAGUUUACCGGAAAAUACAGCGGGUGGUACAUCGACUAGUGGAAGGUUUGAUAGAUUUAUAGGGGCAUCGAGGAGUAAUCAUAUGCCUCCUCCAGGACCAAAAUUUAUGCAUGGUACGAACUCAAAUAUUGAUGCUAGUGCAACGGCGGAUGCGGAAAUGUUAUUGGGGCUGGGAGGUGGAGGUAAUGGGAGUGGCAGUCCAUAUCCGACACCGAGGAGUGAAAACCAUACUUUUGAUCCAGGACUAAGAAACACCAUGAGUCCAAGACCAGGAAGUUCGAGUACACCUGGUGGAGGAGGUGGAUAUGAUUUUUCGCAUACACCAUCGACAUCUAGAGCGGGAGGAUUCUAUAAUCACAACAAUCAUAAUCACAAUAAUAAUAACGCAAGUAAUCUACACGGUAAUAAUAUACACUCCGUCAAUGGACACGCAAACGGAUCGGGUAAUGGACAGGGAAAUUCAUAUCAUGCGGGAAACCACACACAUACAAAUUCACACGGUUACAUGGGCAUGGGCAUGGGAAACAAUGGGAUGGGAGAUAUGAUGAUGGAGAGUCAGGAUAUUGAUAUGAGGGGUUUGGGAGAGGAUAUGAUGCCUUGGUUGGAGUAUUUGCCGGGGGAUAUGUUGGGGUUAAGUGGCUUUUUCGGGGAGGAGGGUGAGGGUGGGGGGGGAAGAUGA